CCUUGGGAAGUUUGAAGUUUGAAGACCUUCCAAACAAUACGCUACAUUACCUUGUAGUUGUAAGCAGUCUUCAGUCUUCAGUAAUAAGGAUAAGAGGCUUAUCGACCUAUACUUUUCACGUUCAUUAUCUUUCGUUAAGUUGAUGUAAAGCGUCUGAUUAAUUUUAAUCUAUUCUUUCUAGCAAUGAAGGGUUCUCAAACUUUAAUUGAGUUAUCCGAGAUGAGUCUCAUCACACCGUAGCUGGAGACGGAUUGUGACAAAAUCUCAAGUUGUGAAUAAAAAUAAAGCUUGUGUUGGAUUUUUAUAGGCUAUUGUCCGCUCAUCUUAUAGAUCAACCAAUCUGAGAAUACUCUCUUAAACCACACCCUCAAGAUAUUGUUGGCUGUAUGCAAAACUUGACAUUUCCAGUAUAGGAAAGAUAGUAGGCUAAAUGGCUUGUGUUAUUCCUAGCAAAAGUGGUCUCAGGUGGCCAAGCUCUAAAUUGCAUCUAUAUAUGAAGCCUUUACCUUAUUUUCAGUCAGUCAGUUCCACUGGUUGUUAAUUUUGCAAGAGAUCCGAUAUUCAUCUGAUAAGUAAUUGUUCCUGAGCUUGUGAACUUUUUCGGGGUGUCCUCACAAAUCUCCAUUUCUGGAGGAUAAAAAUGAUGCGUUUGUGUCAAGUGCAUACUGAUAUUAUUAUGUAGUUCCCAAAGUAUUUAUGUCACCUCUAGUCCUUUUGUAUAACAUAGGUAAUAGUUUCUGUUUAUCUAGUCACUCGUCUUACGUCGACUUUGGGCUUUCAAACCUAAACUUAGUAGCGAUGUUUUGAACAUUUCCCGACGGUUCCCCAUUUUUUGUCCAGGUGCUGAUCGGUUGUACGAAGUAUUGUAGUUCAGGUCAAACGAACACCACCAAGUCGUCUUAAUAUCUCCAUGGCUAAGAAUUGUACGCAUUAGUCAAAAGGUUCUAGUACUGUUAGCAGCUAUUCCACAGAGAUGUCUAUUAGUUUUCAAGUCUUGUUUAACAAUGACUCCCUGAUCACUGUGAGGACUAAUUGUAGUUCAACACUUCACUGUGUAUGUAUCUACACCUAGGUGACCAACUUGAAUCAUGAUGGACUUAUUUAACAGUGACCAAGUUCUAGACCAUCCAGAUAAUUUAUGUGGGUCUUUCCAAAUCUCUGAACUAUCUUAUUCAUUUAUCUCCUUAUCUUGAUUUCAUCAAUAUGUAACAGGACCGAUGAUGGCAAGAGACUAGGAAGGUCAUUUACAUUUAGUCCUAAAACUGACAUUAGGCACUCCCUUCAAGAUUAUGACUGUUGUAACCAAUGGUUGGAGACUCUUGUUGACACGGCUCCGAAUCGAUCACAAUGGUGUCAGUGUAUACUCUUUCUAUCUUCCCUUAAACUAUCAGAUUAAAAUUAUUUCAUAUCUUUCUUUCUACGAACUAAUUCUUCCUGUAUUAUAUCAUUAUAUGCAAUGUUUAUUUUAUAUAUUGCUACCAUUGAAGUAACUAAUUCUAUGAAUUCGGUGCCAAUUUUGUUGUGCUAAUGAUGUAUGUCAACUUGGACCAAUGCAUACAUGUGUCUGGUCCUAAGUUGUAACUAACUUACUGAAAGGCUCUGCAGUGAAGUAUAGUAGUUUGAGAAAACUUAGUAAGUCACGGUAAAACAAAGAUUAAGAACAUUCGAGUUGAGGUACUAUAUUGAAGUACUGCUUGUACAAUAAUGUUAAUUUUAUGGAGAAUUUUUGUCAUGAACAGUGAUAGACAUUUCUUACCUGUCAUAGCUUCUAAUGUGUUGCUAUUUUGUUGUAGAUGUCGAGUGUUGUAUCUUACAUUAAAGCUUUAUUAAUCAACGGGACAACUUAGGUUAAAUACAAUAGUUAUAAAAACGUUAAGAAAGGAUUGUUGAAGUAAUUCAGUGUGUCAAAAAGCUGUUAGUUUUUACGACAUUAUUCAUUGACUCUCUACUUUAGUUGCUGCCUUGAUAUUCAGGAUUGUCUAGAUUGACAGCCUAAUCAAGUUACAUUGGUUGAAACACUUAUUCUUUUGGGUUCUACCGUACAGGCAGAUUGGUUAGAUAGUGGUAAAAACAAAAGUAGCAAAUCUAAAGUCUGCGCGAAAAGUUUUACUGACUUGUAAUGACAGUCAGGCGAUUCACACGGAUAACUAACACAUCCGAUGAUGCUGCCUUCCCAAAACGAAGGAAAUCUGACCCUAAAAAUACCACAACUCACCUUGCCCCAUGGAUGUUUAGUUUGGGCAGUAAGGCCCAAAAAAAGUACGGAGCGAGUGCAUAGACAGUUGCUCACAAAAAUCCUGUGUGGUUAGGGUUAAUCAGGUGUCUCUUCGGCUUUCCAUUCACACUUCCAAUUAGUCAAAACCACUAUUGAACCAGUUUCCUUUUCAGGUUUCUCAAAAAAUAUUUCAUAAUGUAGACAGACGAGAAGGGAAGACUACCAGCAUACCUCUAAUACAACUUUAGCUCAUCCAACGAUACUCUAACACGCUUAUUUUCGUUUUAAUUGGCAUAUUUAUAUACAUACUUCUACUAUGUACUCUGUCUGCUCUCUUACAUCAUGUUUUAUUGUUUAUUUUUUAUUUAUUUGAACACGUACAUAUUGGUACAAGAGUGCGCCAAAUAUAUAUGCGCCACACAAAACAAUGAGAAUUUAAAGAGAAGUAAAAAGAAAAAAGGUAAGGAGGGUAAAAAAAGAACAACAAGGAAGAGAUUGGUGUAAUGUAGUGUAAUAAUAAUAAUAGUCGUAAUAAUAGGGGAACGGAAAGGUACAACCAGAAGAAUUCUUUAAGUUAAGGUUAAGAUACAACCAACUUUUUUAUGAAGGAAGUAAAAGAAGGUCACAGCAGGAUAGCCACUGGCUUCUAUUGUGAGCCAUAUCUGAUAACGUCUCUAGCCACUGUGUUGCACCAUCUCUGGGACCCCAGCCAGGGAGUCGUGAAACACCAACAGGAAUCAUCUCUUUACAGCUUUCUUUCAUACCACGACACCAUGUCAUCCACUGACCACCUCUCCGCUUUUUCUAACCAGUCCCAGAGUCAGCAAAUAAUGCACGACGAGGAAUUCUCUGGGACGACAUACAUAAAAUACAUGUCUAAGCCACCGAAGUCGAUGUUUCAAGAUGGUGACACCAAUUGGAUUAUCGUCUCUCCGUCUGAAUACACGAUGCCGAACCUCCGCAUUACUAACAUGUUGUUGCCACUGGAUGUCAGCAAUCCUUCGGAGACAACGAAGACCAAACACGGAGUCGUCUAACAUCCUCAACUCGGAGAGGCCAGGUUUCACAAGCAUAGAGCAGAACUGCUCUCACCGACGCGUUGUAGAUCCGACCUUUUACAGCCAGACUAACAUCACGAAGGUGCCAAAGAUGGCCCAGAUUGGCAUAAGUCGCUCUGGCUUUCAAUAUACGUGCAUUGGUCUCAUCACUCACGCCACCACCAGCACUUAUGCAGCUACCUAGAUACACGAACUUUUCGACUACUUCUAUCUGCUCACCAUUCAGGGUGAGUACAGGAUUAGAAUCCUGCCAGUCUUGUAGAAUUAUUUUGCACUUCGAAGGUGAAAAUCACAUACGAUACUUACAGACACUGAUUGCCAACCAAUUAAGUGCGGAUUGCAUGGUUUGGGCAUCACACAGUAAGACAAUAUCAUCCGCAUACUCAAGGUCGAAGUCUUUCUCCAGGCAACAGAUCCACACCGCCAUUAAUUACAUCCAUCAGAGCUGUUUCCAGAGUGUCAUCGAUGGCAAAGUUGAAGAGGAAUGGUGAGAUUGAGCAACCCUGGACCAGAACGAAAACCAGCCUGCUCCUCGCGAGUCAAUCUUUCUCGAUUUUUCAACGACCUACGAAGUAUGACAGAAGCCAAUAGUUUGGACGUAAUCAGAAGUAGACUAAUCCCCUGAUAGUUGGUACAGAAAAAUUUGUGAACCGUUUUAAAGAUAGGGACAACUAUCGACUCAUUCCACGAUGUUGGAACACACUCUAAUUGCUAGAACUUGUAAACAACGUAGUCAGUUCCUUAACCAGAAAUUCACCACCAUUUUUAAAAAGUGCCGGAGGUAAGUCAUCUGGGUGGGGUGAUUUGUAACGUUUCACGAGUUGGAGUUCCUUGCGGACUUCCCCCUCAUUUGGUGGAUCAGUCGUCACCGACCAUGGAGGGCAGGACAGUCUGAUCGAUGUUGCCGGAGCAGCAGGCCAGUUGAACUGCCUUUCGAAGGACUCUGCCCAUCGUCUAAGACGUUAAUGGAUGUUAGCGAUUGGCAUCCCGUCAUCCUCACAGUUUGUUUCGCUCACACCACACCUCUUGCUUCCAGCGACUCGGUUGAGUUGGAAGGGCUUCCGGUAGUUACCAGAUGCAGCUGUCGCUUCCAGGUCAUUAGCACGCUCCGACCACCAGGCUUCUCAGUCCUUACGCAAGCUUUGCCCAAUUUCAUUACGUAACAUCCUUCGUUUGUGGUCAAACUCACGGUCACCCGGAGUAGACCGACGGGCUUCGAUGAGCUGCAAGACACUAAAUUGCAGUAGCUUUAUAUAUUUGGUUGUAAAUAGUUUGUUUCCCAAUCUUCACUGGGUGAUUUACUCAGUGGUUCUUUAUUGGUAGGUGUUAUAAUCAUGUUGCAAGUCACUGGGUCCCAUUAUCAUUAAGACUCUAGCCGGGGUGUAGUAAUGUGCGUAAAUAUGCCAGUCAAACUCAUAUUUAUUUUAUCCCAAUAAUUCUUGAUAUAAACUGACCAAUUUUCCUAUGCAAAUUUCUUCAUACCAUUAGAAUAUACUCUCAGAUAUGCUAUAUGUAUACCUGUAAUGUACAUUAUUUUAGUCUAGGAGUGUGUUUAGGGAAGGUUGCUUAAUAUAAACACCUUUCUUCACCUUUCCCUUCGAUGAUAUUCUGUAAACCUCUAACGGAAUUACUUGAUAUAGAUCUGCUAUCUGGAAAAAUUUUUCUGAUCUUGAGUUUAUUGUCUUAUUUUGCGAUGAUACAUAACCUAUCUUAAUCGGACUUAAUUAGUAUCUCCAAUUGCAGCAUAUAUUUAUCACUUAAGUUCAAAGCACUUUCCUAAGAUCAGCAGAAACUUAUACUUGCGCACACUCUUUGUAAUAAGCCGUCGGAAAUAGUCGUGAUGUUCGUGUAUUUCGUUAGUUAUGUGAGUGGUAGUGGUGGGGAUGUCCCCGGUUUGGACCCCCACCUAUUUCAGUUUGGGAAAUCGGAUAGUAUCAUUACUCCCUCACAAUGAGAGUGCGGCUCACAUUCAAAUGCUUGGCAGAUGAAUUAAUUUAAUAGAUAAAAUAACUUUACAUUUAAGAAAGGCCGGAACGGUAUAUCUCAAUAUGGACCACCUGUGUUGCCCUCGUGAUUUUAACUUGGCUUUAAAGGGUCGGGCUUGUGCAGCGUCAGUGGGAGCGAUCCUAUACAAUGUUUUUUGAAAUUUGGUGUCCGAACCAAUGUUCAGCAACUCUUUUUUCUUUUAUGGUCAUCCACAGGAUUACCGACAAAACCAAAACAAUUUCGACAGUUCCGAGGUUCGAGAAUUUGUGUUCGGGUUAUGUUAACUUAAUUAGUGUCACAAUUCAAAAACACUGGCUUCGGUGGCUUGGACGUGCUUUACGAAUUUCAUUCCAGCGUCGUUCAUAUACGCAUUCUUUUCUGACACCGAAACAGUGAAAAAUUGGAGAUGGGAUUAGUCUAUAAGAUAAUAAUGUGAAAUGAGAAAGUUGUAUAUGACUGAUCUGGCGAUCCAAUACAGCUUCGGUCGGGGUCUGAGAAGUCGUGUAACUUGUUAAUUUACGAUGUUACCAGACACGACAUGGUAAAAGCCAGUAGCAAUCCUACUUUAGUUUUCUUUUUGAUUCAUCAUAAAAGCGAGAGGGGUUCUACUUACCGAAAAAAGCGUUUAUUGUUUGUAUUUUUAACUGGAUCGUAUCUCCUAUUAUAUACUACUACUAACCACAUCAUUAUUUUUUGGUUGUACUCUUCCUCCUAUUUUUUCUCAAUAUUAUUUCGGCACACACUUUGGUCCCCAGUUGUACCACAAUGUCUGUGUAUUAAAUAAAGAAAUAAAAACUAUUGCCACCAUAGCACUCCGAUGCAUAAUACACCAAAGCAUGCACUAUUAAACAAAUCUUGUUUAUUAUUUGGAUCUUAGUGUUGUCCUACAUUCUAUUCAGGAUCUGAUGCCAAAUUAUGAGGCGAUAAAAAGACAAAUUAACGAGUUUAAAUGCAGUUGUCAUUAGUGUUUUAUGAUAUGAAAUUAAUCUUUUAGAAGAUGUUCCUUUUUCGUUUUAGCUCUGAAGAUGAAUCCAAGCCUUAUAAAAGAGAGGGAAGCGUUUUUGAAGAGAGCCAUGACAAUUCCUGUUGUUGAGAAACCAAAGUCUAAUUUUUCUGGUACUUCAGAGGAAAAAGGUGCUAUGACUUCUGUACACCGCCGUGGACCUCCUUCAGUUUCUACUGUUUCGGAAUUGCGAUCUCUCGAAUUAAAACCUCAAUUGCAAGGGAAGUUUGCUGUUUUAUCUCGAAUAGUAAAGUACAUGAAGCAACGCCAUUUAGAAGGCGAUACUCAUCCAUUAUCUGUAGAAGAAAUUUUGGAAGAAGCUGUACUUCAUGACACACCACCUGCUACCGUAAAAUGGCUGGAGGAAGAAGCUCUACCGAAUAAUCCCAAAAUUCGUGUUACUACGGAUGCAAAGUUCGUAUUUAAACCGAGAUAUGAUAUUCGUACCCGUAAGGAUCUUUACCAACUUCUCCGUCGUCAGGAGUUGAAGGGUUUGGGGGGAAUUUAUCUAGAUGAUUUGACUGAAUCUGUUCCUGAUGUUGAAAAAAUUCUCAAUAGUUUUGGUGACCAUGUGAUUCGCAUUGUCACACCACACGAUAAGAAAACCAUUUUGUUUUACAACGACAAAUCUUUCGAUUUGAAUGUAGAUGAAGAAUUUAAGCAACAAUGGCGAUCGGUGAGUGUGGAGGGUGUUCAUGAAACAAAAAUUGAGGAGUAUUUAAAGCGUAAUGGAAUCUCCUCAAUGUCUGGUGAUCGUAAAAAUUUCUUACCUGUACAAAGAAAGAAACCAGGACAAAAACGUACCAUGAAUCGUCCAGUUCAUAUUAAAGACAAUGAACAUGUGAACGGAAUUUUAGAAGACUUUUCCGAGAAAUUAGCCAAAACUUCUUGAUCAGUUUUGAUUUUCAUAAGUAACAUCCAAAUGUACAGUGACUUGAUAUGUAUAAUAAUGUUUACUUAUCCUUGAUGGUCUGUAUAUUUUGUUCAUAUGAUUGCAUCCUGGCAAAACCCAGUAUUUGUUGGAUUUUUUUUUAUAUGUUUAAGGAUAGGGGUUUUUUUAAAUAAAGAAAUCGACAAAAUAUUUUCUGUACAAAUAUAUAAAGUUUGUAAUUUUCUAAAACUUUUACCUUGAGUUUUUGUUUGAGUAGAGAUGCAAUUUUCUAAAUUUACUGGAAAGCUGCGAAAAUCCCUAACAUUGAGGUUUUUGCUAUUUUAUUUUAUGAACCAACUUGUUAUCCUCUGCUAUCUUGUUGACAAUCAUCGAAAUGGGAAAAUGUAUAUGUUAGAAACAAUAUUCAAACAUAUAACCAGUCUCUUCCUACUGUGCAGCAAGCGUCAAUCAGAAAAUGUGGGAAUCAAGAUAGUAUUGUAUUGUAUUAGUUGAAGAUGUUACACUACAGAGUUGGGUACUGCUCAAGAAUCAAAAAUGCCGUAAGGAAUUAUAAAGAAUGACGUGGUAAUAAAGUAUUGCUAUCAAUAAAUCAUUUUUACCAUUGUGACAAUCUGUUAGCCAUGAUACUUAACUUUCCUGAUCACCUUUUUUAUCCAUUGUUUAAUUUCAUUACGAGAACGCAACUCUCUACGCAUCAUAUACCUACCGUUAUUAUAGUUUUGACAAUUGUUGCUGACCAAAAUCCGUACUCAAUUUCUUUCCAUUUGACAUAUUGGUAUGUCGAUUGUCACUAGAUCUUCAGUAAAUAAUACGCAUUUCAGAAGAUUUGAUACAAACUUAGAAUUUUUGAUGAUUUGUGUUCGCUUAAUGGCAAUUAAUAAACGUAGUACAACAUAAUAGAUUAUGAUAAUUUUAAUUCAUUAAUAAAGCCUAUUGGAUGAUAACUUGCCUAAGGGGAUUCACAAAAAAUAUGAAACAUUUAUGUUUCACUGUGAUCUGCAAAUAUAAAUUAACUUGAAGAUAUCCUCUACUAUGAUUCUCAAGUCUAAAGUUUAUAUUAUUGUGCUUAGAUUAGCGGUUCUUCAAAACUUGGUCAUCCCUGUCACAUUCAAUCACCAACAACUUUUAGAGUUACAAAACCUUAUUUGUUUCACGAUAGACACUGUUCGAAACUUCUAUCUCUUGGGUGUCAAAACUUCUGUUUCUUAAUCAAUCGCGAAACAAACAAUGUAGAGGAAUAAGUUUUAGCAUCGUUUUUUUCUCAUUACACUAUGAUUCAUUUUCAAGAGUAUUAUCUAGCCAAUGUACAAAGAACAUCCCAUUUGAUAUCCUUUUAAUUCCUCUAGAAAAAUUUUCCAACACGUAGUGAGGGUUUGGAACCAGCUUCUUGGUUGCUUCGCUUUUGUAGUUUUAAGAGAUUAUGAAUGUCACUAUAUAGUAGGCUUUGAGCAUAUCACCUAUUGAUGCGUACAGAAUUUUAAUCUGCUUAUCAAAGGCCUCGUAUAUUAUGCAGCAGUUCAAUUUGUCUUAAUGUAAGCGUGUUAAACAUUUGGUAGAACUAUUGAGUGAACAAGACAGGUUAAAUGAAAUCUACCAGGUAGGUACGGUUAUUUGAAUAAUGAAGCUGUAAUGUGUAUACACAGACAGUAAAGAAAAUUAAGUUUUUCUGUUACUGUAAAUUUACUUACAUUUCACGUUGGUUUACAGGUAGUUUAAUCGAAGUUUAAAUACUGACACUGUAACUAUAGAUACUUUUUU